AUGAUCCUGUACGGCGAGGGAGCAGCCAAUGAAUGUGGAUCAGACGGAGGAGAUGGAGGGGUGUUACCAGGAAGAACAGAUAACGAGAUCAAGAACUUCUGGAACACGAGGCUGAAACGCUUCCAACGACAAGGCCUCCCUCUCUACCCUCCAGAUAUGACCACAAACAACAACAACCAUCAUCAUCAACAGACGUAUCUUCCACAGCCCAACACGCCUUCCUCCCCAACACACGCUUCUUCCUUCUCCUUUCACACUCCAAGCUCCCCUCUCUUCACCUUCCCUAAACCCCAACCUCUCCUUCAACCUCCUUCGCUGCAUCUUAAACGUUGUUACGACACUGCCUUCAGUAGUUGCCUCCCUACCAAGCCCUCUUAUACUUCCCCGACCUUUCUUCACACCCAUUCCUCUACUCCUUCCUCCUAUCAGUCUACCAAUCCGGUUUACUCCAUGAAACCGGAGCUCCCUUCAACCCAAACUCCAUACUCUGCCUCUUUAGGAGUCUGUGAAGUAAGCAACUUCUCAGACAAUGCCUAUUGUAACCAUAACCUUAACUCUGGUUUGGAUAUAAGUACCUGCCAGCUUUUAGAGGAUUUGAUGGAAGAGGCCGAGUCCUUAGCCGAUAGCUAUCGGGCUCCUAAGCGGAGACAACUCAUGGCUGCUCCAGAGGACAAUAACAACAACUUCUUCGUCUCGGGUAGUUUCCGACAUUGUGGUUCUUCCAACGAUCUAUGUUCCCCGCAAGGUUCGAAACCGGAGGAAAAAGAGUCUCUCCAGAUGAUCACGAUGCAAGAUGAGGACAUAGCAAAACUUCUUGACUGGAGAACCGAAAGCGGAGAGAUCUCAAACGGGGAAUCCUCUGAGAUAACAACAGAGGAUAACCUCGUCCUUGACAGUCACCUUUUGGCUUUGCUGUUUCCAGUUGAUGAGGACGACAACAACGAUACUAACAAGAACCCCACCGUGUCCUACUCGUGGGACAACUUGCCAGGGAUCUGCUAG